CAUGUCCUAAUGUAUAAACUUCCGGUUUGAAAAGAAGCGUGAUUCUGUCGUUUCAAAAGUAAAUAGUAAACAUGGACCACAAGAGAAAGGCAAUGGAUGGAGCUUUGGUGCCCGUUAAACGGGCACGUGGAAAUGAAGUCGUCUUAGCAGAUGGCGACACGAACGGUGCUUUGCUACAGAGUCAGAAUGGUCCACCUCGGACAUCUAGUCUUGAUGGGCCAAUCAUGCUGCUUACAGGCCAUGAGGGAGAAAUAUUUACAGCCAAAUUCUCUCCAGAUGGGCAGUUAAUUGCUUCAUCAGGGUUUGACAGGCUCAUAUAUUUUUGGACAGUAUAUGGGGAAUGUGAGAACUUCACAGUAUUGAAAGGACACACAGGAGCUGUGAUGGAUUUAGAAUUUUCCACAGAUGGAGGAAUGCUGUUCACUGUAUCAACGGACAAGACAGGUGCAGUGUGGGAUGUUGAUUCAGGAACACGUAUACGCAAGUUGAAAGGUCACCAGACGUUUGUCAACUCUUGUAAUCCUGCAAGAAGGGGUCCACAGCUGGUGUGCACAGGAAGUGAUGAUGGAACAGUCAAAUUGUGGGAUGCCAGAAAGAAGGGUGUGAUACAGACGUUUCAGAACACAUACCAGGUAACAGCCGUCAGUUUCAACGACACAGCUGAACAAAUCUUCUCUGGGGGGAUUGACAAUGACAUCAAGGUAUGGGAUUUAAGGAAGAACAAUGUGCUAUAUCGAAUGCGAGGCCACUCCGACACAGUGACUGGGAUUGAGGUCAGCCCAGAUGGGUCCUAUCUCCUCUCGAACGCUAUGGAUAAUACAUUGAGAGUGUGGGAUAUCCGACCCUUUGCACCCCAGGAACGAUGCGUAAAGAUAUUUCAAGGUCAUCAACAUACAUUUGAGAAGAAUCUGUUGCACUGUUCAUGGUCAGCUGAUGGCAGCAAGGUGACGGCAGGUUCUGGUGACCGCUUCGUCUAUGUGUGGGACACAACAUCACGACGGAUCUUAUACAAGCUUCCCGGUCAUGCUGGCUCAGUCAAUGAAGUUGACUUCCACCCUCACGAACCAAUAGUGCUCUCCUGUUCAAGUGAUAAGAAGAUGUACCUCGGAGAAAUAGAGUGACCCAUUCCCCAGCAGAUGUAUGGACUCAAAAACAAAUGUGAAAUAUGACAGACACAACUGAUAAACCUGACCAGUCUAUUCUGAAUAUGUACUGGAUGCAAGUGCAUUGUGUACUUUGUGCCGUUCCACUAGGCUGUCCCACAGAGAGACAAUGCGACACUGAAGAAGUACAGUAUGCCAUGUCUACAGGCAGUUGUUAGUACUUUUAAAACACGAGUUUCAUUUUUUGAUAAUCAGUUGACCUCAAAUCUACUGUAGUUAUUGUCCAUUACAAGCAAAGUGAUAAUGAAAGGUGAUCCUUUAGAGGACAGGGCAUAGCCCAUUAGCCAGAUCCCGUUCAACAAAGUGAUCAUUGCGCUGUGACUGUCGUAUGUUAGUGACAAUUGUCUAAGCGUUAAGAUUGUUUUGUGAAACAGGGCCCUUAUCCUUAGCGCUAUGACUAAUUUAAAUCUAUGCUAAAGGAAGGGAGUUACACCAGCGUUAGUGCUAGGAUUGAUAUGUGGAACAGGGUCCUAGGCCUUAGCACUACGACUAAUUAAAAUCUAUGCUAAAGCAAGGGAGUUACACCAAUCUUGGCGCUAAGAUUGUUCUGUGGGACAAGGCCCAGGUAAGUUUUCCUUGAUGUUUGAGGUGUUUUAAGUAGAAAGGCUUGUUUAUGCUAUUGUUUAAUGCAGUACUGUUACUUCCCAGGCAGAUCAGUGGGGGUUGCCCAUUCACAUACUGCAGACCAGGGUGCCGUUGUACAAAACAACCUUAGCGCUACAACUGUUGUAAGUCUAUGUUAAAGUAUGGGACUUACGAUCGCCUGAGCACUACGAUCGCUCUGUACAACAGCAGCCAGGCACAUUUUUCACAUUGUCUCAAGAAUGGUGAUCAGAAACUAUUCCUGUCAGGUUGAAUUGAAAGGUGCAUUCAUCAUUUGUAAAUAAACUCAUUGCAUUGUAUGAUAAAAUAAAUAUUUACAAGAGAU